AGAUUGUCUCCGAGUGCUUAGUAUCUGCUUUCGUUGCCUUAUUCGGUUUCGUAUUAUCCGCAGACGCGUUCAAACCCAUUGCCAUGGAAGAUGAAGUUGCAAAGAUGACCAUUGAUAAAAUUGACACUAGACCAUCUUUUAUUACAUUUAAUCACAGAAAAGUAGCAUCUACUCAGGCACAAUUAAAUAGAAAGAUAUAGGAAGCACAAACAUUUAAAAAAAAAAAAAAAGAGAAAAUAAAAAACGCAUUAUUAUCU